GUUGCUAAGAGACGCGUUGUGGCCAUGUUUCUGAGGAACUAGGAAGAGACUAUUUAGAUGCAUAAACAGCUAAAAACAGAAAGUAGAUCUUAUUUAGCAUCAUUAAUGAAACAAGAGAGUUUACUUACAGUGUCUGGAAGUUAUCCACUGUAAUGGUGAAGUUAAGGGCGAGAUGUCUGCUUGUCGGAGAUGCUGCAGUGGGGAAAAGUGCCCUUUCCCAUAUGUUCCACAGUGAUGGUACUCUCUUCCAGAAGAACUACAGCAUGACAACAGGAGUGGAGCUGAUAAUGAAAUGUAUGAACAUCCCAGAGACCAAUGACAGUGUGGAGCUCUACAUCAUAGACUCUGCAGGGAAGCAGACAUUAGUGGAAGCCUGCGAAAAAAUGUGGGGUGAGCUGUCGUUGCUGUGCCUGGUUUUUGACCUGACCAGUGAGCAGUCUUUUGGCAAUUGCAGCCACUGGAUGGAGAGAGUCCGUGCUCACUGCCAGGGUCUCCACAUUCCAGGUGUCCUGGUGGGCAACAAGUCAGACCUGUCUGCUAGAAGGGAGGUCCAGGCAUCUGUGGCCCAGGAAUGGGCCCAAAGCCAGGGGUUGGAAUACCACGAGACAUCAGCUAAGGAGAUGGAGAACUGUGAUGUGCCGCUCCUCAGUUUAGCCCGGGCCUUCCACUCUCUCUACCAAGAACGUCGUGAAACCAUCCAGAACCUGAGUCCAGGCUAGACCCCAGUCACACACACACCUUGACUUUUCACUCAUAGGAUAAUAGACACAGGAUUUCCAUUCACGUAAUUUAAUAAGCUUUAUGGAUAAUGCAUGUGAGGAUUUGAGGCGAUUCAAAGAAAGCCUGUGUUCUUUUGUACCAUCCGCACUGCAGGCCCAGCAGAGAAUAGCUUGUUCAGAUUGAAUGACAUUUUGAUGUGACCAUGAAUAAAGUUGUUUUUCUCCGAUAA